UGCUAUGGCAAUGCUAAAAGCAGUGUCAAAUCCAUCAGCGCAAGCUUACAGUCGAUUGCCAUCGCUGGUCCGUCGUACUUUGUGAAGCCAGUUAUCUGUCUAUUACUCCCGUAUCAUCAUUACUUUCCCAAGCCUCAAUCAUUGCCCAUCCCAGAUCAGGCCAGAUCGUCGCAUGCGACGCUGCGAGAGUCGGCCACUCUUCGCACCCCCGUUUCUAGAGAGCUUGAGGACAGCUCAACAUGUCUCGUCAAAGCCGUGUUUUCGCAUCACUCCUGGUGCUGGCCGGUACCAGCUCCACUGCUUGGGCCAGCAAAAAGGCAUUUAGUGUUCAUGAUGACCUCCUAGCCUACCCCCAGUUCCAAGUUCUCUUCCCCGACGAAUACAUUCUAGAGCCCCAUGCCCGAGAACUUCUCCAAACCCACAGCAGCCCAUCCUCGUUCGAUAAUUCACAAGGAGAAAACUCAGCCCAGAAACGGCCGCAGGUCUACCUCGGAUUGAAAAGCCAUGACGCCGAACCGCAAGGCGAGUCUCCCGCCAACCUCGACACAGGUGACUAUACCUUAGAGGAGAUGAUUCUAGGAGAUCAGCGAUACCUCUGCCAAAUCCCUCAGGUGCAGGUCGACGAGCGGGCCAACGGGUCCGGGAAUGAGACGGCCGAGGCCGACGAGCAGAAGGAGCUGGCACGGGCCACGGACCGUGGUCUGGAGCUGCUCCGUGAGAUGGAAGGCAAAUGCAUGUACUACAUUUCUGGGUGGUGGUCCUACUCGUUCUGUUACAAGGAGCAGGUCAAGCAAUUUCACGCUCUGCCGUCCGGUAGCGGAGUGCCCAAUUACCCACCCAUGGAAGAUCCGACGACGCAGUCAUUCGUCCUAGGUCGAUUUCCGUUCCAGGAUGAGGGAGGGGCUGAAGAGGAUGAACUCGCCCAUGAGUGGGAGGCCGGGCACAAGGAGGCGACCGCGAGUACAACUGAUGUGGCAGAACUGCAGACAAGAGGCGGAUCCCGCUAUCUUGUGCAGCGUCUAGAUGGCGGCACGCGUUGUGACCUGACGGGACGACGUCGCAACAUCGAAGUGCAGUUUCACUGUCAUCCCCAGUCCACGGACCGGAUCGGUUGGAUCAAGGAAACGUCGACCUGCUCGUACUUGAUGAUCAUUUACACACCCCGGCUGUGCAACGACGUUGCAUUCCUUCCACCCCAACAGGAUGAGAUCCAUGGGAUCGAGUGUCGGGAGAUUCUCAAGCCGGAACAGGUAUCCAACUGGGAGGCUGUGCGGGAGGCUCUCAUCGCGCAGGAGCACGCCGAGGAUGCCGGCUUCACGGAGGAGCGCCUUCCGAUUGUGGGUGAUAUCGAAGUCGGGGCGCAGAGAUUAGUCGGGUCGGAAGGCAAGAUUAUUGAGAAAGGGCGGGUUGCAUCGGCCGGCGAAGAGAAUCCGGUCAUCGUGGCCAAACGCGAAAAUGGACAAGUGUACCAGAGGACCCGGGACGAGCUCGAGAAGUACGGCAUCGACCCGGAGAAGAUGGAGGAUCUGAAGAAGGGCGUGGAUGAGAUGGCUGGAGGCAAAAACUGGAAGCUAGAAAUGGUCACGGUCAAUGGCGAGCGUCAACUGAACGUGAUUCUGGAUGAGCCCAAGGAGAUCAAGAAGACGAAGGUCAACGAUGAAGAGAUCGAAGUGAGCUUGGUCUCGUUUUCUCCUUCAAAGGAUCAGUAUAAAAUGGACAAGCCAGGCAAUGAAGACGUAGGCUCAAGGUCUGGUGAAUCUGAAGAACCCGCCAAGGGACAGGCUGAGGAGUCCGAGAAGCCAGAGAAAAGACCUUCGUCAGAGUCGGAUCCGCCUGAAACAGGCAGUGAAGAGGUCUACAAGGACGAGUUGUGAUUGCUAAUUCCAUUGCAAUUUUCUAUUCGACCUACAAUCUUGAAUGUUGUUCCCAGCAUUUCUGAUUUCUCGCUUUAUUUCUCAAUUUCGCCUCCCCCAGCAGCACCUGCAUGCUAUGGCUG